ACCAAAUUGUUAAAUUUGAUCAUCGGCGUCGCUGCAUUCUCUCACUCCUCUGCGAUUAGCGCGCCGUUCUCGACUUCUCGCCAUCAUUCGCUCGCCGUUCGCUCUUUGUCGGUCAGCGUCUCGACGCUCGUCUCCUGCGCAGAUCUGCGGCUUAGAUUGGAAUAUUAUGGCGGGUUCACUGCCGAACAUCAUCUUGAAGCGAUUCACUGCUCGUUCUCUCAGUGGACCGCAGGUAGGUGGGUCACUGUACAAUUAUGGAUUGAGAUUUUCAACCACUGUGCCAAAUGAUCCAGACACACAUAAUGACUUCAAGCCAACUAAUAAGCUUGAGAAUUCUGGCAUUUCGUUGAAAGAUGUUGUUGAGCAGGAUGUCAAGGACAAUCCAGUUAUGAUUUACAUGAAAGGCGUGCCUGAGUUCCCACAGUGCGGAUUUAGUUCUCUUGCAGUUAAAGUUUUGCAACAAUAUGAUGUUCCAUUUAGUGCUAGAAACAUUUUGGAGGAUGCUGAACUGAAAAGUGCUGUAAAAGCUUUCAGUAACUGGCCCACGUUUCCACAAAUUUUUAUCAACGGAGAGUUUGUAGGUGGAUCAGACAUUAUUCUCAAUAUGCACCAGAAUGGUGAAUUGAAGGAUUUGCUUAAAGAUAUUACGUCCAAGAAGUAAAAGCUCGACUAUAUGAUGAGGUUCAAUUUUUUAUGAGGGGGUAGGUUGGAAGGACUUGUUUGAUGUAAUCUAUUUCUAAUUGAAUGGCGUUAUUAUUUGUACCGGAAUCUAUGGAUAAUUAUAACUUAUUUGUCGAAUAAAGAAAUUAGGUUCGAUUGAUACGCUUA